AUGGGUACAACAACAUCAGAUGCAGUUUAUGAAGAUGCAGAAAGAAGAUUUAAAGAAAUUGAAAUUGAAACAAAAAAAUUAAGUGAUGAAUCAAAAAAAUAUUUCAAUGCAGUUAAUGGUAUGUUAACUCAUCAAAUUGGAUUUUCCAAGGCAAUGGAAGAAAUUUUUAAACCAAUUAGUGGGAAAUUAUCUGAUCCAAAUUCAACAAUUCCAGAAGAUAAUCCAGAUGGGAUUGAAGCUUCAGAACAAUAUAGAGAAGUUGUUGGAGAAUUACAAAGUACAUUAAAACCUGAUUUAGAAUUAAUUGAUUCCAAAAUUGUUAAACCUGCUCAAGAAUUAUUAAAAAUUAUUCAAAUGAUUAGAAAAAUGUCUACAAAGAGAGCUCAUAAACAAUUAGAUUUAGAUAGACAUUUAAAUAAUUAUAAUAAAAUUGAAGCUAAAAAGGAAAAAACUCCAAAAGAUGAAGAAAAAUUAUAUAAAGCUGAAGCAGAUGUUCAAAUUGCACAAGAAGAAUAUGAUUAUUAUAAUAAUAUGUUGAAAGAAGAAUUACCAAUUUUAUUUCAAUUAGAAGCACAAUUUGUUCAACCAUUAUUUGUUUCAUUUUAUUUUAUGCAAUUAAAUAUUUUUUAUACAUUAUAUAAUAAAUUUGAAGAUAUGAAGAUUCCAUAUUUUGAUUUAAAUUCAGAUAUUGAAGAAUCUUUUAAUUUAAAAAGAGGUGAUAUUGAAGAACAAGUUUCAUCAAUUGGUAUAACACAUUUUAAAGUUGGUCAUGCAAGAGCUAAAUUAGAAUUAACCAAAAGACGUUAUGGUAAAGCUGAAGAAGCUGGUGUAGUUGGACCAAAUGGUACACCAAUUUCAUCACCAACAGGUUCAAAUGCAGGAUUACCAGCUUAUACACCACCAACAUCAGGUACACCAGGUUAUACAGCACAAGGUUAUCCAGAUGAAAAGGCACAAUAUGCCUCACAAUCAGCUUAUGGAACACCAACAGGUCAAUAUGCAAGUCCAUAUGGUCAACAACAACAACCACAACAAGCAUAUUCAGCACCACCAGCACAAACAUUAGCAUCACCACCACCUAGUGGGAUAUCACCUCCAGUACCACAAGGUGAAACAUGUACAGCGUUAUAUGAUUAUGCAGCACAAGCUGAAGGAGAUUUAAGUUUUAGUGCAGGUAGUGUUAUAACUAUAGUUCAAAGAACUCAAGAUAGUAAUGGAUGGUGGACUGGUUCAGUUAAUGGACAAACUGGUGUUUUCCCAGGUAAUUAUGUUCAAUUGAAUUGA